UAUUUUUUCGCUUUCUCGUCGACUUUUUCUUCACUGCGGUUGUUUACUUCUGUUUUCUGAUUUUUACUCCAUUAAUAGUCUCCGUAUGUUUUAGUUCUUCGUCGAGUAGCUUCGCCGUGGUUUUUUCCUGUUCAAUUUCUGCGAAAUCUGCUUCGAUUCAGCUUGUGAUUAGCCUGUUUUUGUUGUUUGCUGUCGAAGUGAAGCUUGUAGUUAGAAUUUGGGGGUUUUUGUUUUCUAGGGUUUCGUCUGCUUCUGAUUAUUUUUUCUUUCUGUCGAAUUAGUUGCGGUUAGCUUUUCUUGUUCUUUUUGAGUUGGAGGUUUGGCUUUAAGCUCAGGACUCGAAGCGGAAAAGUUGACUCUGGCUUACUUUCCUGGUCGUAGUAUAGAAUCGGAUCUUUAUGAUUUUUGCUUUCUUCCUAAUCUUUAGCCCUUUUCGCCCUAUUUUCCAGCGAAAUUGAGCUCGAUAAACAUACGUUUGCAGCUACUUUGACUUGAUCGUUGUAAAUUAUGAAAAAUUACAAAAACAUUGUUGAUUUUAAGUGAUGUUUGGCUGUGUAGUUUAUGUUGAGUUGCGUUAUCCAGGUGAUCCGAUGGAGGAAGAGAUGGGGAAGGUGGGUCAGCCAUUAGAGCUGACUAGAGUGGAGCUUUUUAUUGCUGUGUCUGUGUUGGUUAUUAGUUUUUGGGAGUCAUAAAUGGAUGAUAGUGGGCAUCGUGAGAAUGGAAGGCACAAAGCAGAGCAUCAGUACAAGUCGGCUCAGGGUCAGUGGAUGAUGCAGCAUCAGCCAUCAAUGAAGCAGAUAAUGGCAAUUAUGGCUGAAAGAGAUGCAGCCAUUCAAGAGAGAAAUUUGGCCCUUUCCGAGAAGAAGACAGCAUUGGCAGAGCGAGACAUGGCUUAUCUACAACGAGAUGCUGCAAUUGCAGAGAGGAACAAUGCCCUUUUGGAAAGAGACAAUGCCAUUGCAACUCUUCAGUAUCGUGAAAACUCCCUAACGAGUAACAAUUUAUCAUGUCCACCAGGGUGCCAAAUUGCUAGGGGAGUGAAGCAUAUACACCACCCACAGCAGCAGCAGCAGCAACACACGCAUCAUGUGCCUCACAUGAACGAAACUACUUACAAUCCAAGAGAAAUGCAUCCCAACGAUGCCUGCCCAGUAUCCCCAGUUGCUUCUGAAUCAACAAAGGCAAGGAGAAACAAGCGAACAAAGGAGGCAAAAGCAGUCACAACACCUAACAAGAAGGUUUCAAAAGCUCCAAGGAAGGUCAAAAGGGAGGCUGAAGACUUGAAUAAGAUAAUGCUGGGCAAAUCACAAGAAUGGAAGGAUGAAAUUGGCAUCAUGAGUGGAGGUGAUGAUCUUAACAAACAGUUGGUAGUGUCAAAGUUGGAUUGGAAGGGUCAGGAUCUGGGGCUAAACCAGGUUGCCUUUGAUGAAUCUACAAUGCCAGCCCCAAUAUGCUCCUGCACAGGAGUUAUAAGACAAUGCUACAAAUGGGGAAAUGGUGGAUGGCAAUCCGCAUGUUGUACCACCACCAUGUCAAUGUAUCCAUUGCCUGCAGUUCCCAACAAACGACACGCCCGAGUUGGGGGUCGAAAGAUGAGCGGAAGCGCCUUUAACAAGUUGCUCAGCCGGCUUGCAGCUGAAGGUCAUGAUUUAUCUGCUCCAGUUGAUCUCAAAAAUCACUGGGCAAAGCAUGGAACAAAUCGUUACAUCACAAUUAAGUAACCACUCUAGUUUACUCACGGAGUAGUAGCAUGAAGAGUAGAAAAAUGGAGGGAAUGGCCAAGCUAGCAAAGGACACUACCUCAAAAUUUCCCUCCACUUUCAGCAAAACAAUAAAGGAUAGCAUAGCAUCCAAAAAAAGGUUAGCAGCUAUCGAUAUCUUCAGUUUAAUUAUGGGUUCUGAUCCUCUCUCUCAAUCAGCAAGUUUGUUGGAGAGAAUUGCAUGAGCCAAGUACUUCAAAGCCAUGUCGAUUCUUUUAGCACUUUUGAAGUGGCUUCUUUCAAGCCCUUAUGCAAGCCAAGUCGUCCUCCAAAUAAUUGUAAAGGUAUGUAUGUUUCUAUUAUUAAGAUCAGGGUUGUAUUAAAAAUAUCAGAGUAUGGCCACCAUUUUGUAGUAUUCUGUAUCAUCUUUCAAGAUGUAUCUGUUGUCGAUGAAUCUCCAAUGAAACUCAGUCCACUAGGUAAAAUUAAGACAAAUUCUUGCCACUUUAAUUAUCUUCACCUAUUA